AUGUCGAACAACCCAGCUGCGGCGCUCGCGCGCAUUGACGCAGGUUCCCUGUCAGACAUCUUCGAUGAUCGCCCGGGACGUGUUCAGAACCCCGUCAUGCAAUGCGUCCAAAUCAAGCCUAUCGCCCCUCAACCAGGAGGCCAGGAACGUCACAGAGUCAUCUUCAAUGACACGAAAAAUUAUAUUCAGACAAUGUUGGCAGUGCAUCAAAAUCAUCUUGUAGAGGAGAAAAUCUUGCGAAGGGGAGUUCUCGUCCAACUGGUCGGCUAUUCUGCCAACAAGGUCAAGGCAAAGCGAAUUCUUAUUGUCACCGAGAUCAAAGUCCUCGAAGAAUUUGGCGAACAUGAGAAACUUGGCGAUCCUAAACCUCUGGAAUUGAAAGUCGAAGACGAGAAACCCUUCCCGACCGCCAUCACGAGCAACGGCUUCUAUGGAAACAAGCAAGAGCAACCCAAACAAAGCCGGCCGAUGCCGACACAUGCCAAACCUUCGUCCGCCGCGACCGCGCAUGCAAAUAUCUAUCCGAUCGAAGCAAUUUCUCCGUAUUCAAAUAAGUGGACAAUCAAGGCACGAUGCACCAGCAAGUCGGACAUCAAGACAUGGAAUAAUCGAAAUGGGGAGGGCAAGUUGUUCAGUGUGAAUCUCCUCGACGAGAGUGGUGAAAUUCGUGCGACCGGUUUCAAUGAUCAGUGUGAUCAGCUCUACGGUCUGUUCCAAGAAGGCAGCGUUUAUUACAUCUCGAGUCCGUGCCGAGUCACCUUUGCAAAGAAACAAUUCUCCAACUUGGCAAACGAUUACGAGUUACACUUUGAGAGAGACACCAUGGUUGAGAAGGCCGAAGAACAAGAUGGCGUCCCGCAGGUUCGAUACAGUUUCACGGCCAUUGCCGACCUGCCGUCUGUGGCGAAAGACACCACCAUCGACGUCAUUGGGGUCCUCAAAGAUAUUGGAGAGACAUCACAGAUUACUUCCAAAACCACCAGCAAGCCCUAUGACAAGAGAGAGCUCACUCUGGUCGACAACACAGGAUAUUCGGUCCGAUUGACAGUCUGGGGAAAGACGGCGGCGUCUUUUGACGUCCCGCCGGGGUCCGUCGUGGCUUUCAAAGGCGUGAAAGUUUCUGAUUUUGGUGGACGCAGUUUGAGUCUGCUCAGUUCUGGUUCAGUCGCCGCCAACCCCGACAUGCCUGAAGCGCACAAGUUGAAAGGCUGGUACGAUGAACAAGGGCGAUCAGGCAACUUUGCCACACACGCCAAUGUCCAAGGCACGGUCACUGGCGCUGGUGGUUCUCGACCCGAUCCGUUCAAGACCAUUUCGCAAGUCAAGGAGGAGCAGCUCGGCAUGUCUGACAAUCCCGACUACUUCUCUGUCAAAGCCUCCAUCCAAUACAUCAAACAAGACAAUUUCUGCUAUCCUUCGUGUUUGUCAGAAGGUUGCAACAAGAAGGUUGUCGAAAUUGAUCCCGGUCAAUGGCGUUGCGAACGAUGUGACAAGAAUCAUCCCAAACCUGAAUAUCGGUACAUUAUGUCGGUCAACAUUGGUGAUCACACUGGCCAACUUUGGGUGAGCUGUUUUGACGAGACCGGAAGAACGAUCAUCGGGAUGUCGGCAGACGAGUUGAUGGAGAUCAAAGAGGUGGACGAGAAGAGGUUGGCCGAUAUUUUGUCGGAGGCAAACUGCAAAAUCUGGAAUUGGAGGUGUAGGGCCAAACUGGAUAAUUUCCAGGAACAACAACGGGUUCGAUACCAGGUCACCUCGGUGGGACCACUGAACUACGUCGCCGAAUCUCAGAAGUUGAUCGAUUUGAUCAAACAAUACAACAUUGAUUGA